CAGAAUUCUUUAACGUACAAUAAAUAAAUAAAAACAUAACGGAAGUUUUUACAUCUACAUAUGACGUACAAUGGCUGAUGAAGUUAGGCAAACCAUUGAUAUUAAUUAUAAAUCCAUAAAUUGUGAAAAUAUACCGGAAUUAUUUCUGGACAAAUUAAUUGCUAAAAAACAUUUUAGCAAAUUUGGUAGAAUAAUCCGGUUUAUUUUACGUCCUCGACGGUUAAGUUGCACAAUUGAGUAUGAGACAGAGGAUGAAGCAGAGAAUGCCUUCAUGAGUGGCUCUCCAUACAACGGUCAUGAAUUUAGUAUAUCGUAUUCUGAACGUGAAAUAGCUCAUGUGCAAAAUACGGAAGAAUGGGUGGAUCCGGAUGUGAAAGCUGAACUAGAAGCAAUGUCAUCGAAAUCUCACUCAUAUCGUCCUAUAAAACAAAAUACUCUAAAUAUAGUACCAAAGUCACCUAAACAAGAUACACCUAAAGUAGAUACGACUCUACGUAAUGAAUUGGAAUCAAUAUUGCGACGUCCAGCUUUGUCGGAAGAAGACAAAUAUCGUAUACUAGAUGCGAGAGAUAAAUUGAUUAGAUUAACCACAGUUCGCACUACUGAUAUAAAAGAGGCUAAAAGCAUUAAAGGUACAUGUCCAGAUAUGUGCCCUGAAAAAGAGCGACUUAUGCGUGAGUUUCAGCGACAAAUCGCACUUUUUGAGACUCGAAAUACAAAUACUGAUAAUGGAUCUAGUAUUUCACAUCGGCGAGCAAUCAAAGAAUAUUCCCGUAGCAGUGCCGAUCAAGAAAUGCCGCUUGCGCAUGAAUUGCGUCCAGAACCAGUCUUAGAAAUGACUAUGCAUUAUUUAAUGUACAAUAUUAUGGAUCUUUGUGAUGAUCCAAAUGUGUCACCAAGUGAUUGGUUUCACUUUGUUUGGGAUAGAACGCGUUCCAUACGUAAAGAUAUUACUCAACAAGAAUUAUGUUCACUAGAAGCCGUUGAAUUGGUUGAGCAGUGCGCACGAUUUCAUAUUCAUUGUGCUGCACGUUUGGUAGCUGUGGAUCCUUCAGUAUUUGAUAAAAAAAUCAAUGCUGAGAACUUAACAAAGUGCCUUCAAAGUUUGAAGUAUAUGUAUCAUGAUUUGCGUAUCAAAAACAUACCCUGCCCUUGUGAACCGGAGUUUCGAUCAUACAUCAUAUUAUUAAAUUUAGGCAAUUCCAGUUUUCUUUGGGAGCUUAAGCAAUUACCAGAACACAUACAAAACUCGAAGGAAAUUAAACGUGCUGUGGCUUUUUAUAAUGCACUACAGAACAAUAAUUAUGUCAGAUUUUUUAAUAUGGUACGGGAUCCAGAGACAAGUUAUCUAAGUGCUUGUUUACUUCUUGGUUACUUUACAAAGCUGCGCUUGUGUGCCAUGAACGUUAUAGUAAAAUCAUAUAAGUGGCGCAAAAACGAGGCUUUUCUACCAUUAUCUUAUUUGAGCAACAUACUUGCCUUUGAAGAUGAUGAAACGGCAGAAAAUUUUUUAAUUUACCAUGGAUUGGAAUGCAUAGAUUCGCGGGUAUUGUUAGAUCGCAUUAAAGAACCCGAAAUGGAAUACAGCAUGAUGAGAGCGAAAAAGUUAGUAGAAUCAAAACGUACUACUAGCGUAGGGGAAUGUGUGUGUGGAGAGAAACUUUAUCCAAUUGUGGAAUAUCAAGAACAUCAACCACAUAACAGUUUUGAUGAGAAUGGAAUGCUUAAACCGGAUGCUUGGCAAGCAGAUGAUCAGUUACGUGGUGAAGCUGCGAAGGCUAAACAACUUGAGCGACAACAGCAAAAACAAACUAAAUCAGCACAAAAAGUUAGCUUACCAUCCAUGAAUAAAUCCGAUGCAAACAUCUUCAAACCACCACAAACAACGAAUAUUAUUGGUUCCAGUUCCAGUCCACACCAGCAGUUUAAAACCCCGCCAGAGAAAACCAACAAUAUAUUCACUACAUCAGUUUUUGCCAAUAAAAGUGAGCCAAGAGAAGUGAACCAAACCAAGAGUCAAAUUAAUAAGUCACAAGGUUUUGGGAGCACUAAAUCCUUAUUUCAAGCUCCAAAUAACGUUAGUACUCUUAAUACUGGAAGUUUUGGUAAUAUCGGACAUAAUUUCAGUUUCGGCCAAAUGCCAAAAGUGCCACCAACUGCAACGUUGUCUACUGGCAACAUAUUUAGCAACGUUGAAAAUAAACCUUUCACCAAAACUCAAAGUAUUUUCGGAGUUGUUGCAAAAGAUUCAACUGAGGCGCUUCAGCAGCGGCCUGCACUGCCCAAGUCAAUACCAAGCGAUAGCAUAUUUCAACACUUCAAUGCGGCCAACACUACCACUGACAAGGGUGUAAAGAGUUCGAUAACAACUACAAGUGUCAAUAGACACUUACUUUUGGAAACAAAUAACUUUCAAGCACAAAAGGAAUUACUGCAAAAGCAACAAAAGGAAUUAGAAAUGAAUUUAGCUGAAGAGCGAGCUCGUAUACGGGAGCUUGAGAUGAAAGAAGCCUUGAAGCAGGAAAAAAAACGAGAAGAAGAGAAGGAAAAGUUGAGACUUGUAGAAGAAACAAAUCGAAAAAAGGAAGCAUUAAUGGAUCGAAAUAAAAAAUUAGAAUCUUUGGAAAAAAAUGCUAAUGAAGAAACAGAGAGAGAAUUGAGCUGCUUCCUUGCUGAAGAAAUCUCGGAAAUCGCGAAUCAAGUCUUAUCAAGCUAUCGGUCGUUUGAUAAGACUUGCAAAGAAACAUUAGUAUCAAUUCUUAACGAAACUGUCGACAAAGAAAUUCAGGGUAUAGCAGAGGAAGAGUACGAAUUUAAGUGCUAUGAACAAUGUUUGGUUCGUCGAACUUUUCAAAGCUGGUUGCGCUUUACACAGAAAUCUAUACGUGAUCGUAAACUAAUUGAGACCACGCCUUUGUGGGUAACAACGGAAACCUCUGCUGAGAAAGUAGCGAAGCUCGUACAUCCCAGUCAGUAUGAGAAUUUAAGCUUAAUGAGACGCUAUCGUUAUGGACAACCAUGUAAUUUCGAAUUGUUACUAAAAGAGAAUGAACUGGGAGGUCCGCAACAGAACGUAAAUUUGCACCAAAUCAUUGGCAAAAUAUUUUUCUCUAAUCAGCAGAUGUGCUCUGGACUAUUAAAAACAAGAAAAUUUUUUAAAUUAGCUCUUUCCAUACCAUCGGAAAAUGAAGAAAUGCCAGGAUUUGAGAGUAUUUGCAAUAAAUGGCUUAAGAAAUAUGUUAAAAAACCAACAAUGCAAACUGAAAAGAGCACAGCUUACAUUUGUUCCAUGGAACAGGAUAUCGCGUUAUGCGUGCGCAAAAUUACGGGAACUAAACUACAAACAGAACAACAUACCUCAUUGAAAAACGAGUGUGACAAUAUUGACGCACUGAUUUGUUUCUUAACCAGCGUUAAUCUACAAACGACAAAGCAACGUUUACAUUUUUUGCUAAAACUGAUUCGCAUUUAUAAACCCAUACCAGUUGCUUUCAUUAUUUAUAAUUGCAGCCAUGAUAAACAAGAUCUGGAAAGGAUUUUAGACUUGCAAAAACUGCAGCGGGCGAAUUUGGUAAGCUCCUACGAAUUCUUUGGCUGUUCGACUCGCAAAUCGGAAUUCCGCUGCGACGCCAAAUUGAGUGUUGCAGUGAAAUUCGUAGCGCAAGAAGCUAACGCGUACAAAAGCCGAACUGAUGACACACUGGAAAUGCAAUCAGUGAAAAAUUGGAUAGAAAUUAACUUAGGCGAAGAAAUGUGGUUGCGUUGGUUUGACUCAACACUUAAUAAUCCAGUCUUUAACAAAUUAUGUAGCAGUUUUGAGAAAGUUAUGGAAUUGCACAAUGAAUCUGUAGUACGUUUGAUGGAUUUGGUUCGAAUAAGCGACGAUUAUUUACCAGAAUUACCAACUGAAUUAGCUAUUUUUGUCUCUAACCCAACAAGAGAUGUACCUCUGGGAUACGAAUAUUUUCCUAAAGACUGGUACAAUAGUAGUAGACAACAAAAAAUUUUACAGUUGUUGAAAAAAUUACUAUUGCCGAAGAUGCAGGACGCUCCUCCUUGUGACUACGAUGAGUAUAUGUUAUGGCUUUUAAGAUAUGCUGGUCUCUGUGUGCCAAGGAACGAAGAAAAAGCUGCACGAGUAGCGCAUGAAGCUAUCAAAGAAUUAGUUAAUGAAUUAAGCAAUCCAGACUUGCAGUCUUUAAAAAUAAGUGCUCGCUUCAGUUCCAUCAACUAUUUGCAAGUGGUAAAAGUGCUAGCUUAUGCACACAUUGAAAAUGCAGUUCAAGAAAGUUCAUCUGCUAAAGAAUUACCUGAGCAUGUUAUCUAUAAACGUAAGGAUAUGUUGAUGUACCAAACACAGCCUUGGUGGCUCAAUUGCAAUGGAAUUAAAGAUAUAAAAUUAGACUUAACAGUUGUUGAUAAAGACUCAUCUAUGCAAAGUGAUUCUGCAGAAGCUACAAUAAAUGAUAUUGAAUCCAUAGUACAACAUGCUGAAAAUGUCUUAGCCAAAUCAGAAAAGAAAAUGGAUACGCUAAAAAAACAAACACUCAACGCAAGCUUGAUAUCUCGAGAACUUGACGAAAGUCUUUACCAAUUUGAAUUUGCUAAACUUAUUGGUUGCUUCGAUAUACCAAAAAUUGAUGAGAAAGAGUCCGAGGAUAGUGAAAACUGUGUCAACACUUUCAAUAUCAAAUACAAUAAGUGCAACAAACGUAAGCUUGAUGAGAAUGCAUCAGAAAUGGAGGAAAUUAUGAAGAAAGCCUUCGAUAUAGUAGAAAAAAUCGACAAAAGAAUUCAAUCAGAAAAAAAACACAAGUUUCACUGAAUCAAAAAAUGUAUACAAAUCUAUGUGCAUAGCGUUAUAUAUGAUAUCCUAUAAUUUUAUUACCAAACCUAACGAGACAAUGAUGUGGUAUUUAUUUCCAUAAA